GCGGCAUGUCAAUGUGACAACCGAGCGAGCGGCUGCAGAUGCGCCUCUGAACGCAGAGGUAGGAGGAGGUCUGUCAUUGCGGGAGGACUUUAAAACCUAUUCGACGGCUCUAACCUGGUGGAUUUUGCCUCAGACGUGGCAAAAUCUUAAGCGUUACGACGUUGUUAUUUCUCCAUCUGCGUUAAAGGAAGACGACGCGCCUGUCUUUCCAUUUGCGUGUCGCGCGCUUCCCGCUCCGUGGAGCAUUGCGCUAUAGAUGAAGGGAAUACGCGUUGCUUUAUUAACCGGAAUGACUCACGUUGAAACGGAAGAAGUGGACUAGAUCAAUGAUGGCAGAACAUGAUGCUCGGAGUAUUCCAGGAAAUUAACAGCCUUGCCUCCGUUUAACUGAAACGAGUACCACCUGAGGUUUGAAGGUGACCUGUUCACCUUUUUCUGUCUAGCCUUUAGAAUUUCAAUCUGAAAGAGACUUGGCAUCAGGUACUGCAUCUGUCGACAGCACAUCAGUCAGAGCCUAAGGAAGGCCCUCUGUUGGAUUCAAUAGUUAUUCCCACAGCUACAAAUGGUUAUUUUUUAAGUGCUUUUGCAAAAAAUCUUUAAGGACCAACUACUUACUCUUGGGAACUGUGCCAAUAUGAAGGACAUAUCAUUUGCGGAUUAUUUGCUAGUAGGGCUUGCAGUAUCUACCUUUGUAUUUGCUGCAGAAGAGAAACUUGACUGUCCUAAACUUUGCGUAUGUGAAAUCAGACCCUGGUUUUCCCCCAGCUCUGUCUAUAUGGAGGCUCCCACGGUUGACUGCAAUGACCAGGGACUUUUUUACCUGCCCAUUAAACUGCCUGCUGAUACACAAGUCAUUUUACUUCAGACCAACAACAUUGCUAAAAUCGAGAAACCUUUUGAUUACCUUCCCAAUAUCACCGAGAUUGAUCUCUCACAAAACAACCUGUCCUCAAUAAGCGAUGUCAACAUGGGCCGCCUCCCUCAACUUUUGUCCCUGCACAUGGAAGAAAACUGGAUACGUGCCCUACCAGAUAACAGCCUGUCUCAACUGACCAACCUACAGGAGCUCUACCUAAAUCACAAUCAGAUUUCCUUUAUUUCUCCGGAGGCUUUCCGUGGCCUCCAGAGCUUGCUAAGACUACAUCUCAACUCCAACCGGCUUCAAAGCAUCAGCAGUGAAUGGUUUGAGCCCCUACCGAAUUUGGAAAUCCUAAUGAUUGGGGAAAAUCCUAUCCUGUCUAUAGAGAAUAUGAGUUUUAAGCCUCUGAGGAACCUACGCAGCCUGGUCCUUACUAGAAUGAACUUGUCACAGAUACCAGAUAAUGCACUGGUGGGCCUUGACAAUCUGGAGAGUAUCUCAUUCUACGAUAAUGCAUUUCCCAAGGUUCCUCACGGUGCCCUCAGGCAUCUUAAGAGCCUCAAGUUUUUAGACCUUAACAAGAACCCCAUCGGACGAAUUCAAAGGGGCGACUUUGUAGACAUGCUCCAUCUUAAAGAGCUGGGCAUUAACAGCAUGCCUGAGUUGGUGUCUAUCGAUAGUUUUGCCCUCAACAACCUCCCAGAGCUGACUAAAAUUGAAGCCACCAACAACCCUAAACUUUCCUACAUCCAUCCGAAUGCGUUCUACAGGCUGCCAAGGCUGGAAACUCUAAUGCUGAACGGAAACGCUUUAAGUGCUCUGCAUAGGAUCACCGUGGAGUCCCUUCCAAAUCUCCGAGAGGUCAGCAUGCACUCUAACCCUAUUCGUUGUGACUGCGUCGUGCGGUGGAUGAACAUGAACAAGACUAACAUCCGUUUUAUGGAGCCUGACUCGCUGUUCUGCGUGGAACCCCCAGAGUAUGAAGGUCAGCAUGUACGGCAAGUUCACUUCAGAGAGAUGAUGGAGAUCUGUCUGCCUCUCAUCUCUUCCGAAAGCCUCCCCACACAAAUCAGCAUGGACAGCGGCAGAUCUUUGUCUCUCCACUGCCGUGCCUUUGCUGAACCUGAGCCCGACAUUUACUGGGUGACUCCAUCUGGGAGAAAAGUCAUCCCAAAUGCGGUCAUGGACAGAUUCUACAUGCACCCUGAAGGCACCCUCGAUAUUUAUGACAUCACUAAAAAGGAGGCUGGAUUGUACACCUGCGUGGCACACAAUCUUGUCGGGGCAGACCUAAAAUCUGUCUCGGUGGAGGUGAAUGGAUACUUCCCACAGCCUGUUAAUGACUCGCUGGAUGUCAACAUCCAAUCUGUACAAACCAACUCUGUGUUGAUUUCUUGGGAAGCCACUCAUGGCAGCCUGGCACCAAACAUUAAGUGGUACACAAUGCCCAGUGCAAACUAUCCAACGGUGGCAUUCACAGCUCGGGUGCCAUCUGACGUGACCACGUAUAACCUUACACAUCUCAGCCCCGCUACAGAAUACAAAGUGUGCGUGGACAUUCACAACAUCCACUAUAAACAUGACACCAGGUGCGUCACAGUCAUAACUAAAGGAUUAGAACAAGCCAUACCAGACUUGGAGAGGUGGGACGUGGCACUGAUUGCUGCUUUUGGUGUGCUUUUCGUUGUGCUCUCAGUCACUUGCUUUCUGAUAUACGGCUUCAUGAGGAACCACUUCUCUUAUGGAAAUCUGAGCCGAUAUCCAUCUAAAAUGGCUCUCGUGUCUGAGACCAGCCAACAGUCUCCCUUUACAAGGCUUUGGAUUUCUGGUAAAGGGAUGCCAGCUGUUGAGGUUCAAGCCACGGUCAUAAAUGUGUCGGACAACGCCUUUUAAGCUGCCCACAAUAACUACAAACAACUGACCAGGCAGGAGCGGAGAACCGUUCUAACUUGCCCUUUCUGUUUUUGCCUUGACACAGACAUGAAAUUCAAAAGGAAGGAAUGUCUGUACAUCUAUAACUAGCUCUAUAACCCUUCAUCAUGAGCUGUCAGACGUGGCAAGUGGCAACGGAACAGUGGGAACCAGAGGGAGAGACUCGCUGCUAAAUUUUGCGGUGCGAUAUUUCUAGGUCAUUCGCCGAGGACAGAUGAUAUUAAGACAUCGGGAAGGUGUUGUUUCUUAUAACUGACUGUUAAAUGUCUAAAGAGUAGUGGGAACAGACCUCCUGGUCCCAAGCAAUACCGUCUGUGCUGUACGACAACCAUAGGCACGUUAGGGUGACCAACUGUUUGUCAAGAAGGAAAUCUAGUAGAAUAGAUUACGGUGAUAAUGAUGUGAACUUUGAUGAAAUCUGUCGUUUUUCUAUUUAAGAGCAGAUGUGUCUUUUCAUGGCUGAAAUUGUGAUAUAUUCUAUCCAGAAAUGUAACAGGCAUCUUCUGUGCAGUAGCCAGGCAGUAAACAAGUGUGAAUUACUACAGUACGAAAGAUUCAAGACCACACAUUUGCUGAAUAAAACACAAAUGUGCAUCUUAAAGAAUCUAUAUAUAUAUUAUAUUUGAUUAUAUUACUAUCAGGACUGGAUGUUGCUGAAUGCAGCCACUUUAAAAGCAUCUCUCAGACAUAAAUUGUUCAAGGUUGACCAUGACAGGGUAAGUGCCUACUCCUGAAUCUUACAACAGAAACAACAGAAAAAAACACUUUUGAAUGUUACUUCGAGAGAUCCCUGGAGAAUAGAGCCAUGAUUCCAGCCUCACAUGCAAAUUUGUGGACAUACUAUCUCAGUAUUUUUAGCAUAAACAUGAUUUAAAAGCAUAGCGUCCUUCUUGCUUUGAGUGUAAAAAGAUAAAAGCCAUUUUUAUAUUGACUGUGAUGUUUGUUCUACAAUAAGCACGUUGGUCAAGGAGACCAAUGUGCUUACGGUGAUAUAAAAACGAAAUAAAUGUCAGCGUUCGUUUUUUCUUUUUGGAGUGAGGAUGCUUACUGAUCAAGUUUGUUUAUGGUGAAUUCAAAAAGCGUAAUAUGAUCUUUGUUAGAACUGAUAAUUAAAUAAGAAAUUAAAAUCAAUAUACUCCGCCCCAUCACUGUUCCAAACCUAUGUGACAAUAUUUUUGCAGUGGGGUGCGCAAUAUAUGCAUUUGUAAUCUGCAUAAUAAAAAGUACACAAAAGUGUCAUGGCAGAAUUUAGUAAUGGUGGUGUAAAAAUGUGUUUCACAGAAAUCAAUUAUAUGGGUUUGGAACAACAUCAAGAUAAGUAAAUGACAGAAUUCAUUUAUACGCAAACUAUUUAUUGAAAUCAGUACUAGACUGCUAAUAUAAAAUCUAAUGGUUCAAAUCUAAGUCAGCCGAAUCAGCUGCACAGAAUCACGUUGUAUUUGCUCCAUUUGAGAUCCAGCAUCGACUCACAACCCCAAAAAUUACAAACAUGAUGAAUGCUUGUCAGCCGCUGACUGACACUGAGGAUUUGUCAGCCAGACAUGCUCGUACAUCAGCAAUGCUUUCAGCAGUGCAGACGGGCCUUUUAGGGGCCGGCUAUCAGUCAAACACAAAGCUAAAUUAUAACUCCAAGUCUGCGCCAGCGUUCUUCAGACAGGCAGGAGUCCACCGGUCUUUGCCCUCCCUUUUCUGUCGCAUCACAGGUUGAGUUGCUUCUGAAGUUCACAGACAAGGUCACCGUGUUCCUAGCACUGCAUUAAAAGAAACGGCACGCUAGCAGAAGUGCUAUUCAGAGACCCAAAAAAUGAUGUGAUUACAAUGACCAGAAAAAAAAGACAAAUAAAAGUUAAACACAAAGUUCAUUUCUAGCUAGCUGUAUUAAAACCCUGUACAUUAAGCAUGAAACGAGUCCGUAAGAUGUCUGAAAUUAUCAAGACAAAAAAAUGAGAAGAUCUUGCACGAAUAAAAAACUCCAAGGCUAUAUACAAUUACAGUGUUUCUCAUUGCAUAUCGGGCAAUUUGGAGAUGAAUAACUUGUUAAAAGUAGUCAGAAAAGCUCACUGCUUGCUAUUCACAAACCCAUAGAAACGAUCUAACAAUGAUAUCUUCGCUAUGUCAAACAAAUUACUUUUGAAUACGUUACCAACACCCUUGGUGAAAUUCAAUUCCACGGGGCCUGAAAAGGUUUAAUAUCGCAGGGAAAUUACAGACGGCAUUGAUGUUUUCGCUUAAGGAAGUCUCAUUGUGGGGAAAUUAAACAUCCCAUAGUUCUGUUUGUUUAUGAGCGGAACCCAGCAGGACUAUUGAGUUAUUGCCCUAUUAAAAACGACAUGUUUGCACUUGCUAUAGGCCACCGCUGCAGUAUAAAGUAAAAUGACAACAAUCAUUUAUAAUUCUCAAUGACACCCUGCGGUUUGGAUAAUUAUAAAACUUGAUUCUGUGCGAGCUCACCCUGAUGGGAUCUGGACUGCAAAA